UUUCCCACUUCACUUCUACUCUUCCCUUUUUUUUUUGUCUGCCGGAGGGUUUAUAAGUUUCCGGUGAUAUGGGUUCCGUGUUACUACCAGAUCUGGCUACACAGAUCAUCAUUCCGGUAUGUGCCGUGAUUGGUAUCAUUUUUUCUCUGAUCCAAUGGGCUUUGGUGUCAAAAGUAAAGCUCACACCAGACCGAAACGGCUCUCCGGCAAACAACAACAAGAAUGGAUUCAAUGAUUCCUUAAUCGAAGAAGAAGAGGGCGUUAACGAACAUAAUGUCGUCGCGAAAUGCGCUGAGAUUCAGAAUGCCAUCUCUGAAGGAUCAACAUCCUUUUUGGUUACUAUGUACCAAUACGUGGGCAUUUUCAUGGUUGUUUUUGCAAUCUUGAUCUUCCUUUUCCUGGGUUCUGUUGAGGGCUUCAGCACAAAGAGUAAACAAUGUACCUACGAUGUUCACAGCAUGUGUAAACCUGCACUUGCCACUGCUUUCUUUAGCACCAUCUCCUUCUUGCUUGGUGCCAUUACCUCUGUCCUUUCUGGUUUCCUUGGGAUGAAAAUAGCCACAUAUGCGAAUGCCAGAACAACAUUAGAAGCAAGAAAAGGUGUUGGGAAAGCUUUCAUUACUGCAUUUCGAUCUGGUGCUGUAAUGGGCUUUCUCCUUGCUGCAAAUGGCCUUUUGGUUUUGUUUAUUACUAUUAAUUUAUUCAAGUUAUACUAUGGAGAUGACUGGGAAGGUCUUUUUGAAGCCAUAACUGGUUAUGGACUUGGUGGAUCUUCCAUGGCUCUGUUUGGAAGAGUUGGUGGUGGUAUUUACACUAAAGCUGCUGAUGUUGGUGCUGAUCUUGUUGGAAAGGUCGAAAGGAACAUUCCAGAAGAUGAUCCUAGAAAUCCAGCUGUUAUUGCUGACAAUGUUGGAGAUAAUGUUGGUGACAUUGCUGGAAUGGGAUCUGAUCUUUUCGGGUCUUAUGCUGAGUCAUCAUGUGCUGCACUUGUAGUUGCUUCCAUUUCUUCUUUUGGAAUCAACCAUGAAUACACUGCAAUGUGUUACCCAUUGCUUGUGAGCUCUGUUGGGAUUCUUGUGUGCUUGAUAACCACACUUUUUGCAACUGAUUUUUUUGAAAUCAAAGCUGUGAAAGAUAUUGAACCAACAUUGAAGAAUCAGCUUAUUAUAUCUACUGUUCUUAUGACUUUUGGAAUCGGAAUCGUUAGUUGGAUUGCACUUCCUUCAUCCUUCACCAUCUUCAACUUUGGUGUACAGAAAGUCGUGCAUAACUGGCAACUUUUCUUAUGCGUCUGUGUGGGUCUAUGGGCGGGCCUCAUAAUCGGUUUCGUAACCGAAUACUACACCAGCAACGCCUACAGCCCCGUACAAGACGUCGCCGACUCCUGCAGAACCGGAGCCGCCACAAACGUCAUCUUCGGCCUCGCAUUAGGCUACAAAUCCGUCAUCAUUCCGAUCUUCGCCAUCGCAAUCGGAAUCUUCGUUUCCUUUUCCUUCGCCGCCAUGUACGGAAUCGCCGUUGCCGCCCUCGGAAUGCUCAGCACCAUCGCCACCGGCCUCGCCAUCGACGCCUACGGUCCCAUCUCCGACAAUGCCGGCGGAAUCGCCGAGAUGGCCGGAAUGAGCCACAGAAUCCGCGAACGCACCGACGCCCUCGACGCCGCCGGAAACACCACCGCCGCCAUCGGAAAGGGGUUCGCGAUUGGUUCCGCCGCGCUCGUUUCGUUAGCGCUGUUUGGCGCGUUCGUGAGCCGCGCUGGAAUUGAAGUUGUUGAUGUUUUGACUCCGAAGGUUUUUAUCGGGUUGAUUGUGGGGGCUAUGCUUCCGUACUGGUUUUCCGCCAUGACCAUGAAGAGUGUGGGCAGUGCCGCCUUGAAGAUGGUGGAGGAGGUCAGGCGGCAGUUUAAUACGAUUCCAGGGAUCAUGGAGGGGCUUGCGAAGCCGGAUUAUGCUACUUGUGUUAAGAUAUCGACGGAUGCGUCUAUUAAGGAGAUGAUUCCACCUGGCGCACUUGUGAUGUUGACUCCUCUUAUUGUCGGGACGUUUUUUGGAGUUGAGACUCUUUCUGGUGUUCUUGCGGGCUCUUUGGUUUCUGGUGUCCAGGUGGCGAUUUCUGCAUCCAAUACUGGUGGCGCGUGGGACAAUGCUAAGAAGUAUAUUGAGGCGGGUGCAUCGGAACAUGCGAGGACACUUGGACCGAAGGGGUCGGAUGCACAUAAGGCGGCUGUGAUAGGGGACACGAUUGGGGACCCACUAAAGGACACCUCGGGUCCAUCUCUAAACAUUUUGAUCAAGCUAAUGGCUGUUGAAUCACUUGUGUUUGCACCCUUCUUUGCGGCUCAUGGCGGUUUGCUUUUUAAGCUGUUUUAAGUAUGAAUGAAUGGAGGUUGACCACUUUUGUAGCAGUAUGUUUUAAAAUUAUGGCAUUUGAUGCCUAUUUUUAGAGUUAGUUUAAUGGUAUGACUGUUGUCACGAAUAUUGCAAUUGGCCUAUUUGAGGAGAGAGUUUAGGGUGAAGAAUUUGUCAGUUUUCUUCAUAUCAUUUAGGAGGAGAGCUGUUGGUUUGUACUUUUCUUAUUUCCUUUGGAAGAAUAUGUUAUUUUCAUAGUCUUUGUUUUUCAUUGGUGUUUGUGCUUGAUAAAUUUUUGUUGGCUGAUGGUACUUGUGGUUUCAAUUUGUUACAUGCUCG